GGCGGCGAGGCGGCGGCCAUGUUGCGGUAGUUUGUUGUUUUCCUGCGGAGGAGCAGGUCUGAGUGGCCGCGAUCCGCCGCCUCGCUCGCCGCGUCCCCCGUCGUGGCCCGCCGCCCGCUGGCCCCUAGCUGGCGCGGCGCGACGAGGCUGAAGCCGGGCGGAGCAGCAGCAUGGCGGCCGCGCUGGGAGCGGGCGGAGGAGCCGGCGCCGCAGAUGACGACUUCGACCAGUUCGAUAAGCCCGGUGCGGAGCGGUCCUGGAGGAGGCGGGCUGCGGACGAGGACUGGGACAGUGAACUCGAAGACGACUUACUGGGAGAAGAUUUGCUCUCGGGCAAAAAGAAUCAGUCCGAUUUGUCCGAUGAAGAGCUGAACGAUGAUCUUUUGCAGAGUGAUAACGAAGAGGAAGAAAAUUUCAGUUCCCAGAGCGUCACAGUCAGCCUGAAAACCACGCCUGGCAUGGUCGCCCCCUACGAGCUGUCGGACAGCACGCGCGACCGGCCCGGAGAGCAGGAGCCCGCGUACGAGCACGGAGAGGACGGCCUGGGCCGCCCCGAGUCCGACGGGCCCGGGCUGUACGCGCACGAGUACCCGGAGGAGGGGCCGUACGAGGGCCCGGACACCGAGCUGGCCGAGGACCACAUGGAGUAUGAGGAGGGGCCCGAGGAGGAGCAGCUGUACAGCGACGAGGUGCUGGACAUCGAGAUCAAUGAGCCUCUGGAUGAGUUCUCGGGGGGCAUGGAGACUUUGGAACUGCAGAAGGAAAUAAAAGAAGAAUCAGACGAAGAAGAUGAUGAGGAUGAAGAAUCUGGACGAUUACGUUUCAAAACUGAAAGGAAAGAAGGAACAAUUAUUAGGCUCUCAGAUGUAACUCGAGAGAGAAGGAACAUUCCAGAAACUUUGGAGCUUUCAGCAGAAGCCAAAGCCGCGCUGCUUGAGUUUGAGGAGAGAGAGCGCCAGCACAAGCAGGGCCGCUACGGGCCGCGGCGCGGCGGAAGGCGAGGCGGCGCUCUGCUGUGCCGCGGGCUGGGGGACCAGAGGAGAGAGAACAGCGAGCGGGGCCGGGCGAAGGACCACAGACCUGCGCUGCUCCCCACGCAGCCUCCCGUCGCGACGCACUCUCCAAGAUUAAUUCCUCCAGCACAGCCUCAGCCGCCGCCGCCGCCGCCACCGCCGCAGCAGCAGCCCAUCCGGAGCCUGUUCCAGCAGCAGCCCCUGCAGCCGCUGCUGCCCCUGCAGCACCCCCCGCACCACCCCUCCCCGCCUCAGGGCAUGCACGUGCCGCCCCAGCUGGAGGCCCCCCGGGUGAUGAUGACCCCGCCGCCCGUGACCCCCCAGCAGCCCAAGAACAUCCACAUAAACCCCCACUUCAAAGGGGCGGUGGUGACGCCCGUCCAAGUGCCCUUGCUGCCCGUGCCCAGCCAGCCGAGGCCCGCCGUGGGACCCCAGCGAUUCCCGGGCCCUCCGGAGUUCCCGCAGCACACCCCGGGACCUGUCCCCAACAACUUCAGCCAGCCCCCGCGGCUUCCUCUUCAAGACCAGUGGAGAGCGCCGCCCCCUCCCCAGGAGCGGGACCCCUUCUUCUUAGGAGUUUCAGGUGACCCUCGCUUCCCGAGUCAUCUCUUUCUGGAGCAGCGGAGCCCCCCGCCGCCGCCGCCCCCGCCCACGCUCAUCAACAGCAGCCACCCUGCGGUGCCCGCACCCAGUCCUCUGCCGUUCACGCAGCCUGGACCAGCGUUCAGCCAGCAGGGACAGCAGCCCGUGUUCCCCCGGGACAGGCCUGUGAGGCCCGCCCUGCAGCCCCCGGGCCCCGUGGGCCUGCUUCACUUCAGCCAGCCCGGCGCCGCAGCCGCGCGGCCGUUCAUGCCGCCGCGGCAGCCCUUCCUGCCGGGCCCCGGCCAGCCCUUCCUGCCUGCCCACGCGCAGCCGAGCCUGCAGGGACCCCUGCACCCCCCGCUGCCCCCGCCGCACCAGCCCCCGCCGCAGCCCCAGCAGCAGCCUCCGCUGCAGCCUCCGCCGCAGCACCCGCCGCCCCCGCAGCCGCAGCACCCGCCGCCCCACCAGCCGCAGCAGCACCAGCACCACCACCACCUGUCCGUGCCGCCCCCGCCCCUGAUGCCCAUGGCGCAGCCUCAGUUCCGGCCUCACAUGCAGGCGGCGCCGCCCCAGCCGAGCAGCAGCCGGACGCAGUGCCCCCCGCGCCAGGGGCCGCGGCACAAUACAUCUCAGAGCGUCACCAAGCGGCCGCUGCAGCAGCUGCAGCCGACCGCUCCCAGGAACAGCAACCUGCGCGAGUUACCCAUAGCCCCCUCGCACGUCCUGGAGAUGAGCAGCGGUCGCUGUGCCACCACACCCGCCUCCCACGGAAAGCCGGCCGGCAGCACGUCGCCCCCCACAAGGCCCGGGCCGGGGCCCAGGAACACGCAGGGGAAGACGGACGCGAAGGCCAAGCCCGGUAGCCCUGGGCGUCAACCCACAGACGAGGCGAAAGCAGAGCCAGAGUUCCCCGACGAGGACGAGGAGACGAGGCUGUACCGCCUGAAGAUCGAGGAGCAGAAGCGGCUGCGGGAGGAGAUCCUGAAGCAGAAGGAGCUGCGGCGGCAGCAGCAGGCCGGGGCCCGGAAGAAGGAGCUGUUGGAGCGGCUGGCGCAGCAGCAGCAGCAGCAGCAGCAGCAGCAGCAACAGCAGCAGCAGCAACAGCAGCAGCAGCAGCAGCAGCAGCAGCAGCAGCACCUCGGCGCCCCUGUGGCCCCCGCAGAGCGGGAGGAGCAGCUGGCGGCCCUGCCCCCGAUGCCCGCCAACGGGAGCCCGUUACUGCCCUUCCCUGGGGCCCAGGUCCGGCAGCACGUGAAGAACAGGCUUCUCGUGAAGAACCAGGAUGCUGCUCCUUCAAACCUUCAGCCCAAAGCGUCCAACUUUGUGCCGUCUGGUGCUAGCAUGCCGUACUCGGGACAACCGGGGAAGCCCCUGAAACACUUGAGACACAAAGUCCUGCCGGUACAGCCUGUGGACGGGGACGCGCCGCCCCCAGCACAGCCUGCCCGAGGGACGUCCCUCCAGGGCAGGCCGCCGGACACCAAGCCCAGCGCCAAAAGGACUGUCAUGCACCGGGCAAACAGCGGCAGCGGCGAUGGGCCACACAUCAGCUCCAAAGUCAGGGUGGUUAAGUUGUCAGGAGGGCAGGGAGGAGAGAGUGAUGGCUUUUUUCACCCGGAUGGCCAGCCCCAGCGGUCCCCCCAGCCCCCAGAAGUGAGACAGCAGCCUGCCCGCAAGGUGACGCUGACCAAGGGGGCCCUCCCGCAGCCCCAGCACCUGCCGGUCGGGGCCCAUGUGCACUCGGCGGGCCCUCCGGGCAUCAAGAGCAUCCAGGGGAUCCACCCGGCCAAGAAGGUCCUCACGCAUGGGAGAGGCCGGGGCGCAGCGGGGCCGGCGGGCCGCGGGCGCCCGGCGCCCAACAAGCAGAACCUGCGGGUGGUGGAGUGCAAGCCGCAGCCCUGCGCCGUGUCCGUCGAGGGCCUGUCCUCCUCCACCACUGACGCCCAGCUCAAGAGCCUGCUCACCUCCGUGGGGCCCAUCCAGAGUUUACAGAUGCUUCCCCAGCAACGGAAAGCCAUAGCGAAGUUUAAGGAACCAGCCCACGCACUGGCGUUUCAGCAGAAGUUCCACAGGCACAUGGUAGACCUGUCCCACAUAAACGUGGCCCUGAUCGUUGAGUGACCUCUGGCCGGGAGGCCGGCCUCACGCCACACA